CUAAGAGGCUUAGCUGCUCCCGCGCUGUAGUUCAACUGUCUGUCUGUCUGUCCCUCAGGGUCAGCGCCACCAUGGAGGCCCCGGCCGUCGGGAGGCAGCAGCAGCAGCCUGCGGUCAAAAGCAGAAACCUGCCCUGGGUUGAAAAGUAUCGACCACAGACACUGAAUGACCUAAUCUCUCAUCAGGAUGUUCUUAGCACCAUCCAAAAAUUUAUCAGCGAAGAUCGACUGCCCCAUCUGCUUCUCUAUGGCCCCCCUGGGACGGGAAAGACAUCCACCAUCCUGGCCUGUGCCAAACAACUCUACAAAGACAAAGAGUUCAACUCUAUGGUCCUAGAGCUCAAUGCUUCUGAUGACCGAGGAAUAGAUAUUGUACGGGGACCAAUCUUGAGCUUUGCCAGCACAAGGACAAUAUUUAAGAAAGGUUUUAAACUUGUCAUAUUGGAUGAGGCAGAUGCCAUGACCCAGGAUGCUCAGAAUGCCUUGAGAAGAGUGAUUGAGAAAUUUACGGAGAAUACCAGGUUUUGCCUCAUCUGUAAUUAUCUGUCAAAGAUCAUCCCCGCCCUGCAGUCUCGAUGUACGAGGUUCCGAUUUGGCCCCUUGACUCCUGAGCUGAUGGUUCCCCGCCUGGAGCACGUUGUAGGAGAAGAGAAUGUUGACAUAACCGAAGAUGGAAUGAAAGCACUUGUCACCCUUUCUAGUGGUGAUAUGCGAAGGGCCCUGAACAUUCUGCAGAGCACCAACAUGGCUUUUGGGAAGGUAACUGAGGAGACAGUGUACACCUGCACAGGACACCCCCUCAAGGCUGACAUCGCCAACAUCCUGGACUGGAUGUUGAACCAGGACUUUACCACAGCAUACAGAAAUAUCAUGGAGCUGAAAACCCUGAAGGGUUUGGCCCUGCAUGACAUUCUGACGGAGAUCCACUUAUUUGUACAUCGAGUUGACUUUCCACCUCCAGUUCGAAUACAUUUGCUGAUCAAAAUGGCAGACAUCGAACACAGACUUGCUGUUGGCACAAGUGAGAAGAUUCAGCUAAGUUCCCUCAUUGCUGCUUUUCAAGUCACCAGAGAUUUAAUUGUAGCAGAAGCCUGAGCAAGAGCUAUGAUUAGAAAACAAAGGACUUCUACUUCUCUGACUCUUGGGGUGAAGCAGUGGCCCCAGGGCUAGAAAUGGACAAGAAGUGCUGGAAAUGUUGACCUUCCCCAUUUGGGUAAUAAGGAACUGAAAGGACAUCUGGGGGUUCCAAUUUCAUGGUCUGACUGUAGGAUGUCCAGUUUAGUGAAGGCCUUUCUGCCCUCCUGGGGCUCUGAUCAAGGGAGAGUAGUGCUCAAGGGUGCCCCAUCUGGAGCUGUCCCAGAGAAUAAAUAAUGUUUGUAUCUCAAAUAUAAUUUGUGAUAAUA